AAAAAUGCGUUUCAUCGUAGCCCUGUGCCUCUUCGCCAUCGUCAUGUGCCUUCACAAUGCUGAAGCCACGUACAGGAAGCCCCCUUUCAAUGGAUCCAUAUUUGGCAAGCGUGGUGUUGUUGAAUACGACUCAACCGGCAAAGCACUGUCGGCGUUAUGCGAAAUUGCCGCUGAAACCUGCCAGGCGUGGUACCAAGCCAUAGAAAAUAAGUGAACAUAACAAUUUAACGUAAUUUUUCAUAUAUUCAAUAUAAUAUAGCCUUUUAGCGAUGUGAUAAUAAUGUUUUGACUGUAAAACGUAUGUAACCUUUAAUAAUCGUAAUAAAGUUAUUUAUUCAUACUGAA